AGGAGUGGGCUCCUCGGGACACAGGAAGGGUCCAGCGCCCAAGGGCGGUAAACGGGUUCUGGGAUGGGGCUGGUCGGGGGCGAAGGACGCUGACAGGGUCUGUGGCCUGAUCACCUAGGAGAGCCACUCCUGGUGGCCAUGAGAGAGACCCUGGAGGCCCUGAACUCCUUGGGAUUCUCAGUGGGACAGCCCGAGAUGGCUCCCCAAAGUGAGCCCAGGGAUGGGUUCAGUAAUGCCCAGGAGAAGCUGUCAUCUUCUAGAGAAGAGAGCACACUGCACUCAGGGCACGAGACCCCUGGCCAGAGAGAAGGCAUCCACACAGAAGAAGCUGAAGCUCCUUGUAUGGGUAGCCAGGCCUGCACCCCACAGAAGGCCGAGCCUGCAGGCUCUGUCCCAGGGGAGGAAUGGAUGAUUCGGAAGGUGAAGGUAGAGGAUGAGGAGCAGGAGGCAGAGGAGGAGGUGGAAUGGCCCCAGCAUCUCUCCUUCCUUCCCAGUCCUUUUCCCACUCCUGACUUGGGUCAGUUGGCUGUUGCAUACAAACUGGAGCCAGGGACCCCGGGGGCACUAGGCGGAAUCGCGCUGUCGGGGUGGGCCCCCAUCCCUGAAAAGCCUUACGGCUGCGAGGAAUGCGAGCGGCGUUUCCGGGAUCAGCUAACUCUGCGGCUGCACCAGAGGUUGCACCGGGGUGAGGGUCCUUGUGCCUGCCCGGACUGUGGCCGCAGCUUCACGCAGCGCGCUCAUAUGCUCCUGCACCAACGCAGCCACCGCGGAGAGCGUCCCUUCCCGUGCUCCGAGUGCGAUAAGCGCUUCAGCAAGAAGGCCCACCUGACCCGCCACCUGCGCACGCACACUGGAGAGCGACCCUACCCGUGCGCUGAGUGCGGCAAACGCUUCAGCCAGAAGAUUCACCUAGGCUCGCACCAGAAGACCCACACCGGAGAGCGGCCCUUCCCCUGCACCGAAUGCGAGAAGCGUUUCCGCAAGAAGACACACCUGAUCCGCCACCAGCGGAUCCACACGGGCGAGAGGCCUUACCAGUGCACCCAGUGCACGCGCAGCUUCACACACAAGCAACACCUGGUGCGGCACCAGAGGGUGCACGAUGCUGCUAACCGCACCCGGUCCUCUCCCGACAUUCCUGCUACCCUCCACUCUGCCACCGCGUCUCUUACCCUGGCCCCUCCCGGGCCCAAGCCUUUCGCUUGUUCCCACUGCGGGCAGAGCUUUGGCUGGAAAAAGAACCUCGCUACGCACCAGAGUCUCCAUCUUACCGAGGGCCGUCCUUUUGGGUGCGAUGAGUGUGCACUCGGCACCAAUGUGGAUCCCGCCGCCGCUGCAGAGCCCCCGGUCUGCACUCCCCACGCGCCUGACUGUGGUCCGGGUUCGGGGCCCGCGGCACCCCAGCGCACCACCUCCAGCGAGCGCUCCUUCUUCUGCCCCGACUGCGGGCGCGGCUUUGCCCACGGGCAGCACCUGGCCCGGCACCGGCGGGUGCACACAGGCGAACGGCCAUUUGCCUGUGCACAGUGUGGCCGACGCUUCGGCUCACGACCCAAUCUAGUCGCCCACUCCCGGGCCCACAGCGGCGCCAGACCUUUUGCUUGUGCGCAGUGUGGCCGCCGCUUUAGUCGCAAAUCUCACCUGGGCCGCCACCAGGCAGUGCACACUGGCAGCCGCCCUCACGCUUGCUCGGUCUGCGCCCGCUGCUUCAGCUCCAAAACCAACCUGGUCCGCCACCAGGCGAUCCAUACAGGUUCCCGACCCUUUUCCUGCCCUCAGUGCAGCAAGAGCUUCAGCCGCAAGACCCAUCUGGUGCGACACCAACGCAUCCACGGGGAAGCGGCCCUCCCAGCCCCAGCCUCGAACCUCUCUGCGCCAGCCUGGUCCAAUCCCUCCGAGGUGGUACCACCUCCAAUCUUUUUCUAAGCGGGAGUUCUGACCCACAUCCUGCCUUUCCCGACAGAUGUGGGAGACUCAUGCCUGGAGACUUAGUGGGUUUUCAACAUUCACACCAAGGUUGCUGCCAAAGCACCAGGUCACUUGAGUCAUUGCCCUUUCUUUAAUGUUAGUUGAGAAGUCCGAAAAACAUACUUAGUUCUUGACAGUUAUGACAACACACAGAGACUAUCCUUGCUGAUACCAUACUGAGAACCAGAUAUAUCUGGGGCUCAACCAGGUCAAGGGGAAACUGACUGAACAAGAGACCUCUAAAUAGAGGGAAAGAAUAGUUAUUUAUGUACUUGAAGUUCAUUAAAGUUCAGGUCUGA